AUGCGUCUCAACUACGUUCCCAACCCGCCGACCAACCUCGCCGCAGAGGACCAAGAGGUCUUGGAACGGGUCAAGGCCCGACGGGGUGCGAUGGGCCUCAUUCCCCUGGAUUUGACGUUGUUGCAUGCGCCAAAGGUGGCAGAUGGUUGGAACGCUCUGCUUGGUGCGAUACGGACUAAGAACUCCUUACCGGACGAUAUCCGCGAGAUUGCCAUCUGCCGCCCUGCUUUGAUCAACCGCGCCUGGUUCGAAUGGAAAGCACAUGCGCCGAUUCUGCUCAAGUCACCCGGCUUCACGGAAGAGAAACUGGAGGUCGUGAAACAACUGCAUCCAGCUUCACAGGGGCCACUUGACGACCGGCAAUGGGCUGUUUUGAGAUAUGCAGACACCAUGACAAGAGAUGUAUCGGUGCCACAAAGCCUGUUCGAUGAAGUAAAAGGGGCGGGCUUCAGCGAGCAAGAAAUCGUCGAGAUCACCGCUACGGUCGCAAGUUAUAACAUGGUCAGCCGAUUCCUUGUCGCAUUGGACGUUGGAGAGGCGAACGAUAAGGCGCCUGAGUGGGCUAGAUAA